AGAUAUAACAAAUAAACUUCAGUAGACCGUUGGGAAGCAACCAAGCAAAACGGAAGUGACUAAGUGCGACAUCUAUCGAACCAUUCAUAAACGAUGCACACAGAAUUAAGCAACAUGAUAGAUAUGUCAAACGUCACCAACACUCCUGAGGAUGGUCUAACUCAAAACAUGGAACUUUCACAAACACAAAACUCGACCACAUCUGGACGUCGAAGAAACAACCAAUCAAAUCAGGAAAAUUUGUCACGUGAAGAAAGACGAAGGAGACGCAGGGCUACACAAAAAUACCGAACGGCGCAUGCGACUCGGGAAAGAAUACGGGUGGAGGCAUUUAAUGUCGCUUUUGCAGAACUAAGAAAACUUUUGCCGACUCUGCCACCCGAUAAAAAGUUAUCAAAAAUUGAAAUACUCAGACUUGCAAUAUGUUACAUAUCUUACUUGAAUCAUGUACUUGACUUGAAUUGAAAGAGUCUUACAGUCACAUGUCUUGUGAGAGUAAAAUUGUAAUUGAUGUCCAGUAACCAAAUGAUGGUUUUUAUCUUGCCUAAGCAUGGCUCAAGUGGACUUGCCAAUCAUGCAUUCAUUCAAAAUAAUGAAAAAGUCAUUGAUGUAUUAUUUUGACAUUGGAAGAUUAGCCAUAAAAUGGCAAAACAUCUGCUCAAAUUCAAAGGGUGCAAUACUAAUAUUUAUUACAUCUUCAAGAUGGCAUAUUAUUUAUCUCAAUUUUGAACAAUAUUUAUUUCAAUCAUUAGAGACUUCAAUGAAGAGAGCUUGCCUAUUCAAAGUUAUUAAAUGCGAUUGACCUUGAUUCGCAAAAAAUAUAUUUUGAAUUGUUAUGGGUAUGGUAUAUAGUAACGUGUAUACAUAGUUUCAAUACGCCAUUCUAUGAUUAUAUCAAAAAAUCCUGCGAUCCUUUGAUAAAUAAUAG